UUGCCUGGAAGUGACUCGGGGCAGAUCACACCGAGCCGCCAUCAUGAUAUCUGGGAAGGAGCAGGAGGCCAUCAGUCAGCUCAUGGAGUUCUUCAAGGAUUGGGAUAAUGGCAGUAAGGUGACCCGCUGCCGGAUCCUCAACAACUUUAUCAGCUGUAAUCAGGGAAAGACAGCGCCAGAACUGGAGGAGGAAUUCUCCCAGGGGGGCAGCCUGUUCCUGGCCCGACUCACAACAUGGCUGAGACUGUCAUAUAUGUUCGGGGCGUGUCUGAAGGAGAUUUUGAUGUCUAUCUCCAUCUUCCUAUCAGCCGCGGGCAGCGGUCGCUAUAAGCUGGAGUUUGUGGAGGUUGGAGGCAUCCUGACACUGCUGGAGAUUCUGGGAUUGAAUGAAAUAACGGAACCAAAUAAGGCGGAGGCUCUGAAAAUUCUGCAGAUCCUGGGCCGAGCCGGGCGGACAUACAAAGAGCUGAUCUGUGAGAGCUACGGAGUGCGUUCAGUGGCCGAAUGUCUCGCCAAGUCUAAGUUAGAAGAGACUCAGGAACAGGCCCGGGUGCUGCUGGAGCUUCUGGCUCAUGGGAACCCCAAAUACCAAACACAAGUGUAUAAGGGACUGAUUGCCCUCUUGGCCUGUGAGUCCCCCAAAGCCCAACACCUGACCCUGCAAACACUGCGCAUUGUACAGGUAAGUGACAUCACACAGGGCUUUAGUUUUGGGUCUCUGCCCCUCCCACAAUCGUGA